AUGCUCGAUGGCCCCGCUCCGUCUUCCGCGAUCUGGGGGAGCACUGAAGACAUGUUUGAUCCCGAUACAGCCCUUGACUUUCAAGACAAACUAAUGGAUACCUACGGCUCAGUAUGCCGAAUAAAAGGCCCAUUCGGAAAGAACUCUGGGUAUCUGACCCGCGAGCCCUCCAGGAAAUCUUCAUCAAGGGCCAUGAUGAUUUCAGAGAGCCGGCUGGCUCAUAACUUGGUUGAAACUCGUCUUUGGACCAGUAGUGCCAACGGUUUAUGGUCAGUAAUACACUCCCACAUUCGGAAACCAUUCUCAGGUCUCCCAGGGCAUCGACAUGAAGUUCAACGCAAGACUCCCACAAUGACGAUCAUUGCUCAACGGCUCGUUGAUGCUAUAACCUCAGAAGUUCAGACCAACGGCGGCAACAGUCAGGCGAUUGAUCUUUUCAAGUGGUCCCAUCUUAUUUCACUCGAGAUCAUCGGUCAAGCAGGAAUGGGCCACUCUUUUGGAAUACUGGAUGGCAAAGUUCCCGCCUACCUCUUUGCUUCCCGAGAUUUAUUUGCAUUGUUGACGGAGAUGUGGUAUCUUCAUCCAUUCAUAGCGUUUUUGGCUCGGCUCGGACCUGCCUUCCUUCGUAGGGCAGUGGUAGAACAUGUUCCCCACCGCCUUGUCCAGAGGAUGAAAAAUGUGGCUGACACCAUGCACGAAACGUCAUGGUAUAUUCAGGCGGUUGAUAUUAUGAGGCGGAAGCGGGAGGCGCUGAGCAGUGGCACUCUAGACUCAGAGGUGGCGGCCGGAAGAGAUAUCAUGACAGCGCUUUUGAGGCACAAUCUUAUGGCUGCGCCUCAAGAUCAGAUGACCGACGAGGACGUGUUGGCUCAAAUCAACGGAUUGGCAUUCGCUGGAAAUGACAGCACAAGCUCUGCUCUUUCACGCACGAUUCAUCUCUUGGCCGAACACCCGUGUAUACAAUCCAAACUCCGAGACGAAAUUCGUAGAGCGCACCAUUUCUAUGGAAAGAAUCUUGACUAUGAUCAGCUUAACUCACUUCUUUACUUGGACGCGGUGUGUCGAGAGUCAUUAAGGCUUCACGCCCCCGGGUUCUUUCUGGAUCGUGUUGCGAUGAAGGAUUGGAUACUACCUCUUCACUAUCCUGCCAGAUCAGCUGAAGGCAUGGUCAUGAUGCUGAAUAUCCGUGUCCCCAAAGGUGCCACGCUGCAUGUGUCUCUUGGUGCGGCAAACCGAGAUCGACGAACCUGGGGAGAUGACGCCAGAGCGUUUAGACCAGAUCGCUGGCUUGAGCCAUUGCCCAAGAGUGUUAUGGAUUCUAGAAUGCCUGGUAUCUACGCAUCAACUAUGACGUUUCUCGGAGGGCCACGGGCAUGCCCUAACGCCAGGGGUGUGAAGUUUGCCCAGCUGGAGAUGAGUGAGUGUCCUCCUUUAACAGGCUCAAGUGCAAAGGUUGAGCACAGUUUGGUUCAAACAGAGACGGUUCUCUCAAAUCUUGUUUCAUCAUUCAAGUUUGAACUAUCUAAUGAAAACAUCAAGUGGAAGAACGAUGCCAUUGCUAAACCUUACACACAAUACUCGGAUGGGACAACCAGCAAAGACCCCAAAAUGCUGAUCAACGUGACUGUAAUGGGGGAACCGGGAUAA